CGUUCUCGAUGUGUUUAUGGACAGAAAAAACAUCUUCACUUUGUUGCAUUUAAAAGUCUGCAAUAAAAGUAUGGAAAUUUCAGCCUUUGCCCAGACAACGACUGGGAAAAUACAGACCUAUUCUAAUCACCGUCUGAUUGAUUGGUGAAUCACUAAUAAAUACCACAUUGAUCCCUGCUUUUUGGUGUCUUUCUGCUUGUGCCGAUCGUUCUGUGUUCAAUGUCCUGAGCCAUCGAGAAGCACGCAACGAGCGGAAGACUGUGAUUAGGUCCCACUUUCUAUUCUUCAUUGUUCUCUUGCUUGUUGACAGAAAUGGGGACCAAAAUAGUUACACAGAGGAGCUGGACGAGAGAUGUUGGUGACUUUUAGAAAAAUUUAGACUUUUUUUUGGCCUCUAGAGGGCAUCCUAUUAUUAAAAACAUCAACGUCUGAAUGAGAGAACAAGUUGUUGACGUUUAAUAAGAAGACAUUUACCACUUAGCAGAUGACAGUAGGUAUGCGGUUCAUUCAUCUGCAACAUGAAUCCUGACCAGAUAAAUUAUUUGUACCUAACAUGAAUUUGUAUAGCGUGCUUUUACUGAUUAGGUGUUUGUUUGUCUUUUUAAUUGUGGAGUAUGUUUUGCUAUAUUCACACGAGUUUAAAAAAAAUAAAUAAAAAUACACUAGGAACAUAACAAAAUGUCGCAUUCAGACAUGAAGCCUAGCAUGAAUGGAAACAAGGAAUCACAGUUUCAGGAGUGUUGGUUUAAAACAAGUGUAUCCACAGAGUUAAAGAAAUAAAUGAAAGUGUUGAGAUAUAAUCUGGCAUUUUAAUGCUCUUUUUGUGCCGUUAAUACCUGAAAAACAAUGUUUUAUAUGCAAUAAGUUAGUAACGUAUUCCCACUAAUUAUAGAGUUUGGAAUUAUGGGUAAAAACCUUGAGUUGGAUAAUAACGAGCUUCAUCAUAUCUAAUUGGGACCUUAAUUUGCUCUUCUAAUCAGUGCAACCAAAAAAAAAAAAAAGAAGUCCUGCUUAGAGUGAAUGUGGAGUAAAUGUUGGUGGUUUGCUUAUAAGCUCUGCCAAAACACAGUAUUUGGCAUUGUUUCUCUAUGGCUCUCUCAAAUAAUGCUGCUGACAUUAGAAGGUCCUUUUUAAAUGAGUGGAGGUGCUGGUUAGUGGAAUAGAGUUUGAUUGUCUGUUUGCCAGCAGCUGUGUUGCUUUUGUUUGGGAGAAUAUGCGCACCAGCACAGACAAGCACACGCCGCCCGACACGUGCUGCCUUUUGUGUUUCUGCUCUGCAAUUGCAUUACACACACACACACACACACACGCACACACGUAGUACGGCAUCCUGUGGCAGUGUCAGAGCUGAGGUCAGUGGUAUCCAUCAAACUCUCUGUUACACACGCUCUCUGUCACGUAAAGCUCCACGUGAAGUUGUUAGUGAGUUGACUGCAUUUGUGUCGUCUGAUUAAAUGCUUGGUGCAGUUUUUAUAUGAAUCUAUACUCUCAGUUUGAAGAUUUAUUUUUUAUUUUUUUAAAUGAGGGUUUCUAAAUGGGGAGGCUGUUAGAGUUUAGGCCUGCAAAAAAAAAAAAAACACUCCAAUCCACCUCGCUCUUUCAUUUGCCCCUGCUUGCGCAGUUCCUCCCUCUGAGUUAAUGGGGUUGUGCGGCCUGGCAAGAUUGCCCCUUUUAGGAGCUGGUCUGAAUGAAAAGACUGGAAUACACACACACAGUCAUGCACACACAGACUGGUCUUGUUAACCACCCUCACAUUCCCUGGCGAAGCCUGUUUGUUCCAGUUUUAUAAUGAAAUGGGGACUUUUGAAGCUGUGCCACUGAUACACCAAACAGGAUGCCAAACCACACAUACAUGAAGAACAUGAGCUACUACUGGUAUGCAUUGUUGUUCAUAAAUUCAAUCAUUUCAAUUCAAGUUACAGCUUUCUAAAUGCCUUAAGCGUUUCCAGCUAAGGUAUGAAAAGAUGUCAUAUCUGAGUUUAUUGUACAAUAACGAGCAUUUGAUCCACGCUGAAUUGUCACUAAAUCCAUAAAACAAGGGUCAGAUGAGUCAUGUUUUCUGGUUGUAAAGGCUUGACCAUCCAUAAAACUCAGGACACACACACAAAAAAAAUACACAUAUCGGUUGCUUAAUUUAGAAAUGAAAACUUGUUUAAUACAAAAAGUAUUGUUGCAUUGUAAAUGUUAACAAAUUUUCAUACCCCUAGAUCAUUGUCAUAUUAUAACUGCAAACCUCAGUGUAUUUUAAUGGGACUUUAUAUAAUAGACCAACUCAAAGGGGUGCUAAAUAUUUCACAAGUGGAGUUUGUUUGCCUCCUUGCAGAGCAGUGUUUUGGGAUGAUGCCUCUACCAGCUUUGCACGUCAAAAGAGAAUUUUUCUUUUGUUUUGCUACUUUACGAAAAGGUCAGAUUGGAUUGAUACUGCCUGUGAACUAUUUUGAAGUAUUGACACAAUUUAUCAGUAAUGGACUUUGACUAGGCCAUUGUGACACAUAAACAUGCGUUCAUAUAUAGCAAUCUUAGCUUCCUCCCUCAAUCCCAAAUCAUGAUUGUUGGGUUAAUUAGUUUCUCCAAAUUGCCCUUAAUUAUGAGUUUGUGUGUGGUUGUUUAUCUUGAGUGGCUUUAAGUUGUUCUGUGAUGGACGGGCGAUCCUUCACCCAAUAACUGCCUUUUUUUUCCCACUAAUGUUCUCUAAAAAAUCCCUCUUAGGCCUUCAUAGAAAAGCUGGAUUUAUGUUGAUGAUAUUGUAUGCAGGUGUGUACUCAUUAGGUGACUAAUUAAGGCAAUUGGUUGCAGUGGACUUUAUUGAGGCAAGUCAAAAGAAAGAGAGCUGAAUGCCAUGCUUUUCAGAGUUUUAUUUGUAAAAUGACUUGAAAGCAUUAUUAUUUCCUAAUUAUGCAAUACUUUUUGUUUUUUCCUCAGUUUCCUCAAAACUACAUUGAAAUUUCUGUUGUGACAUAAAAAAAUAGUAGAAAACAGGUUUUGCCCCUUACUGUCCUCCGCUCCAGUUGUCUUUACAUUUCUUUGUGUUCUGCAGAGCACCUGCCUGCGAUUGUCUUCCUCACGUUCCCUCUGUCCUUUUAUUUUCUCUGACUGUUUCACUCCCCUCCCCUCUCUUAUGAAAGAGCUGGCUUCAGCAGUCUGACUGAACCAAGCGAUGCAUUCCCACUCGCACACCGGGUGCUGCUGCCCUGUACGAGCUAAUCGCUGGGUCCGUGUGUGUUCCUGGUUGCGCCUCAGCACUGAGGAUACGGAGCUUCCUGCGUGCUGCUAGGCAGCCCAGACUCAUUCUGCCGCAUUCAUGCCUCCUACCGCCACCAUUACGCAGAGGAAUUCCCUGCCGUCUCCUCGACCGCUGCUCACAGACAGAGUGAGUGUUGGUUAGAGAGAGAGAGGAGAGGAGAGGAGACGGACUGCAAAGCGACACUGACAGAUAGAGGACAGAGCUGGAUUUUGUGCUGGAUUGACACAUGAAGAUGCGCCGCGUUUGUUUAUGUGGAAAGUACUUUUUAUGGCAUUUAUCAUUGAUCUUUGUGCUAUGGGACUGCGCACAUAUGUAAGAAGGAACACCGUGUAUUUAUGUGUGCGUGUGAGUGAGUGUGUGAGCGGCUGUUCCUGAUGCGGUCAGAACGGGCGAGCCGUGUGUGUAUUGUGGUGCUGGAGGAGGUGGAGGAGGACGAGCCCUCUCCUUCAUCCCCACCUCCUCGGCCCAAAGCGUCUCAUCAAGUCCCUGGAAGGGCUGUCGCGCAGGACGAUAAGCCAUCUCUGCUGAGAGCCAUCUUUAACGUGGACCCAGACGAAGUUCGCUCUCUUAUCUUUAAGAAAGAGGAUGUCAACGUUCAGGACAACGAGAAGCGAACCCCUCUUCACGCUGCAGCAUACCUCGGAGACGCUGAGAUUAUUGAGCUGCUCAUCCUUUCAGGAGCCAGGGUUAAUGCCAAAGAUAACAAGUGGUUGACUCCUCUACACCGAGCUGUGGCUUCUUGUAGCGAGGAUGCGGUGACGGUGCUGCUGAAGCACAGCGCAGACGUAAACGCUCGGGACAAGAACUGGCAGACGCCGCUUCACGUAGCAGCCAGCAACAAGGCGGUUCGCUGUGCCGAAGCUCUGGUGCCGCUGCUGAGCAACGUCAACGUAUCAGACCGUGCAGGACGCACUGCGCUGCACCACGCUGCCUUCAGUGGCCAUGUAGAGAUGGUGAACCUGCUGCUCUCCAGAGGAGCCAACAUUAAUGCGUUUGACAAGAAGGACAGGAGAGCCAUCCACUGGGCAGCCUACAUGGGUCACCUGGAGGUUGUUAAGUUGCUGGUGGCCAGUGGAGCUGAGGUCGACUGUAAGGACAAGAAAGCUUACACGCCGCUUCAUGCAGCCGCCUCCAGUGGCAUGAGCAGCACAGUGCACUACCUGCUGAGCCUGGGUGUCCAUGUGAACGAGGUUAAUGCCUAUGGCAACACACCGCUCCAUUUGGCCUGCUACAACGGACAGGACGUGGUAGUUGGCGAGCUCAUCGAGGCAGGAGCGAGCGUAAAUCAAGUAAACGAGAGAGGCUUUUCUGCACUUCACUUCGCUUCGUCUUCACGCCAAGGUGCGCUGUGCCAGGAGCUGCUGCUGGCCCACGGAGCAUGCAUCAACUUGAAGAGUAAGGAUGGUAAGACUCCUCUACACAUGGCAGCUACACAUGGGCGCUUCUCCUGCUCCCAGGCCCUCAUUCAAAAUGGAGCUGAGAUCGACUGUGAAGACAGAAGCAGGAACACUGCCCUUCACAUCGCAGCCCGCUACGGCCAUGAGCUCAUCAUCACGUCGCUCAUCAAAGAUGGAGCCAGCACUGCCAAGAGAGGCAUUCACGGGAUGUUACCGCUACACCUGGCAGCUCUCAGCGGCUUCUCCGAUUGCUGCAGGAAGCUGCUGUCCUCAGGUACAAGUCUCGCUCACACCGUCUCCUGCCAGCGGAAUCACCUGCUUGACAUCCAAAUUGAUGCCGACUGCAUAUUUUGUACAGGAUUUGUCAUAGACACCCCCGAUGACUUUGGAAGGACCUGUCUGCAUGCGGCUGCAGCCGGAGGAAACCUGGAGUGUCUGAACCUGCUGUUGAACACAGGAGCUGACUUCAACAGGAAGGACAACUUUGGCAGGGCUCCGCUCCACUACUCAUCAGCCAACUGUAACUACCAGUGUGUGUUUGCUCUGGUGGGCUCUGGGGCCAGUGUUAACGAUCUGGAUCAGAACAGCUGCAGCCCUUUGCACUACGCGGCGGCUGCCGACACGGAGGGAAAAUGUGUGGAGUACCUGCUGAGGAACGAUGCAGAUCCAGGCGUGAAGGACAGACAGGGUUACAACGCAGUGCACUACGCCUCUGCCUACGGCCGCACACUCUGUCUGGAACUGAUCGCAAGUGUGAGACCGCUUGAUGUGUUAAUGGAGACCUCAGGAACCGACAUCCUGAGGGACUCAGAUAGUCAGGCCCCCCUAAGUCCACUCCAUCUGGCGGCUUACCACGGACACUGCGGGGCGUUGGACGUUCUCCUGGUAUCCCUGCUGGACGUGGACGUGCGCAGCCCGGACGGACGCACCCCGCUAAGUUUAGCCUGCUCCAGGGGCCACCAGGAAUGCGUGUCCCUGCUGCUCCAUCACGGAGCCUCCCCCAUGACCCGCGACUAUAUAUAUAAGAAGACAGCCUUACAUGCUACAGCUAUGAAUGGCCACCCAGAGUGCCUGCACCUGCUUCUGAGUAGCAACAAUCAACACAUCAAUGUGGAUGCACAAGACAACAACAAACAGACUCCCCUGAUGUUGGCAGUGCUGAACGGACACACAGAGUGUGUGUACUCUCUGCUCAAUCAAGGAGCCUGUGUGGAGACCCAGGACCGUUGGGGUCGGACAGCCCUGCACCGCGGGGCUGCCACAGGCCAGGAUGAGUGUGUGGAGGCCCUCCUCCAGCGAGGGGCCAGUGUGUGUGUGAAGGACAUCCGGGGCCGCACCCCGCUGCACCUGGCUUCAGCUUGUGGCCACGUGGGAGUCCUGGGAACUCUCCUGCAGACCACGCCCCCCUCCCUCACUCACCUCACAGACAACCAGGGCUACACGCCGUUACACUGGGCCUGCUAUAAUGGUUACGAUGCAUGUGUGGAGGUUUUGUUAGAUCAUGAGGCGUUCAGGAAGAUCAAGGGAAACUCCUUCAGCCCGCUGCACUGUGCUGUAAUGAACGAUAACGAGGGCGUGGCCGAGAUGCUAAUCGACUGCCUGGGUGCAAACAUCGUCAACACCACGGACUCCAAGGGAAGAACCCCCCUCCAUGCUGCUGCGUUUUCUGAUCACGUGGAGUGCAUUUCUCUUCUCCUGAGCCACGGAGCUAAGGCUAACGCUGUCGACACGCUCGCACACAAAACACCGCUGAUGAUGGCAGCUCUGAACGGACAGACCAACGCUGUGGAGGUUCUAGUGAGCAGUGGGAAAACAGAUUUGUCCCUGCAGGAUGUAGACAGGAACACUGCUCUGCAUCUUGCUUGUAGCAAAGGUCAUGAAACUAGUGCAUUGUUGAUCCUCGAGAAAAUCAGCGACAGGAACUUGAUCAACUGCACCAAUGCUGCUCUCCAGACGCCGCUGCACGUAGCAGCCAGGAUGGGGCUAACGGUGGUGGUCCAGGAGCUGCUGGGAAAAGGAGCCAGCGUUUUGGCGGUGGAUGAGAACGGUUACACUCCAGCUUUGGCCUGCGCUCCGAAUCGCGACGUAGCCGACUGCUUGGCCCUCAUCCUCAACUCGAUGAUGCCCACCUCCCCCAUGGUGACGAUCGCCGCCAUUCCCGCUUUGUCUCUCACCCAGACGGUGAUCAACCACCACCCGACCUCAAACCACAUCUCCAAAGGAGUUGCGUUCGAUACUCCGCCGUCUCUGAGACCCGACCACGCCUCAUACUGCAGGCCAGAGAGGCCGCUGUCCUCUGUUUCUGCGGACGACGAACUGAAUGACUCGGACUCUGAGACCUACUGAGGACUUUUGGAGACGGCCUCACGAUCCUGGCAGGCUAGCCAACCACUCAGGAGCCUUAAAAGAUAACUGACUGAAAGAUGGGGGAAGUAGAGCAGGUGAUUUUGGGGGUAAGCUUCCUUUAAAUAAUUUUAAAAAUAGCCUUUUAUACAAACCACAAAUAGUGCCUUGCAAUUGCAUUCCUAUCCAUUGAUGUUUUUCAGACCUUGUCACGUUACAGCAACAAACUUCAGUUUAUUUUAUUGGGAUUUUAUGUGAAAUAAUGCAACCUCUAUCAGAUUGGAUGGAGAGCGUCUGUGAAGAUCAUUCUUAGAAGUCUUGCUACAGAGUUUCAGUUUGACUUGAAUCUAAACUUCAAAAUAAAUCCACUUUGAUCUAAAACAUUAAAUGGCAGCUCUGACUGUGUUUAGGGCCAUUUUCCUGCUAUGUGCUAAACCCCACAUCCAGUCCAUUGAGGCUUUCCACAGCUUUGUUUUCUAUAAUGUUUUGCCAACAUGUUAAAUAUUGAUCUCAACUGUGGAGUUCACCUCCCUGUAGAAACUGGAGUAACCGUUUAUAACCUAACCUUGUGUUCAACCUCUCCACUAUGUUUCUAUAAAUGUAGCUGACGUCAAAUGCUUGCUGCGCUUCCUUCUACUUUAUAAUUAUUCACUACCUUUUGUCGCUAAAUUGCAUAAAAUCGUCAUUUGCAUUGCUUAGAAGUCUGUCGCUGUAAGAUGACAAAAUGUGAAAAAGCUCAAGUGGUAUGAAUACUUUUGCAAGGCUCUGUACUUUUGUUCCCUGAGGUGCAUACCAAUGCGGGGCUGGAGCAUAAACACUACACUUCUAUGAAAGCACUGUAUGGUCAGUAAGAUGACCAGUAUCUUUUAAAACUUAACACCAGUAUUUCCUUUUUUAAUGAGUUAAGCCUGUACUGUAUGUGGAUUUUUAACCCUUUCGAAAGGUUGUUCCUCCAAAUGAGCAUCAAGUGAAGCUCAGAGGGAACGGAGGGAGAACCUUAUGGGACCAGCUGACUGUACUUCAGUUUGUUUGUUUUUUUUUAACUUGGUUCUUUGAGGUAUCAUGGUAGACACUAACGACCGUUACUCAUGAACAUUAAUAAUGCUGCGUUGGGCAGCCACCUUUCCCAGGAGGAUGACAUUGGUAUUGAUUUAUUUUUUUUUUUUCAUAUUUAUUUUUAAGUCUAGACUAAAUCUUUGAGCUGAUUCUGACACCAGGUGGAUGUCAGACCUCGUUACUGUACACACGAUUCAGAACGUCUGUUGACCGACGAGCUGAACGAACCCUUGAAUCCUGCAAUGAUGUAACUGCUUCAUGUUUGUAUUCUGUACUGGAGACAGUGUGUGGAUGCAUGUUGGGGUGUGUGUGUGUGAGAGAGAUAUAAAGACAUGACUAAAUAUUGCCUUUUGAGAAAUAUGCAAAGUUCAGACAGGUUGGAUGCUGUUCGGUGUAUUGUUUGUAAAAUGAAUUAAGUAACAGAUGAAUAAAAAGAUUUGUUUUAUUUAGUUUGUACAUCACAA